AUGUACCUUUUAGAGUCAACCAUUUUCCCGACCCACUCCAUCAACCGAACCUCCUUCCCAUCCUCCCCAUUGAAAGGGAAACUGGGCCUCCGGCCCGUGAUAAUCUCCAAAGUCAAAACCCCAAAGCUGUACACGUCACCCAUCACGGUGGCCAUGGUGGCCCCAUGGAGAUACUCAGGCGGCAAGUACCCCAUGGUCCCUGCUACCUGGGUUGACACGUGGGAAUGGGCCCCCUCUAUCCUACGGGCCAGCCCAAACUAUGUGGGCCUCAAAGCCCGCGUCCAGCAGGAUGUUGCUGGCCUUUAUGUCCCUGUGGAUGAUGGGCGUGUCCAGGUUGUGCAUAUAGGCCAGGCCUCUGGCAACGCCUCUUAUGAUGUUAAUCCUGCUGGGCCAGGGGAGGGGCGGCCUGGGCCUGGGCCCGGGCCCGGCGUCCUCCGUGUCAUAGAGCCACUGGUCGAGGCUGCCCUUCUCGAUGAACUCGUAGAUGAGGACGCGGUCCGAGCCCGAGGCGCAGUAGCCGAGGAUCUUGACGAUGUUGGAGUGACGGAUCUUGCCCAGGGUCUCCAUCUCCGCCCGGAACUCGCGCAGGCCCUGGAAGGCGUCGUGGGAGAGCUUCUUGACGGCGACGACCGGGCCCGAGCUAAGUUGGGCCUUGUAAACGAGCCCGAAGCUGCCGUCGCCGAUGAUGAGUUUCCGGUGGCGCCGGCGAGCUCCUGGAUGGAGACGGAGUUGAGUAAUGGGUCGAAGGUGGCGCUCUCGUCGACGGAUGAGGUGGAGAGGCGAGAUUCGGGCCCGGAAACGGGCUUAGAGAGGGGCGAGUUGCGAGGCAGGGGAGGGGGUACCGCGCGGUGGCUGCGGCGCCGUCGCUUGGAGUUGCGCUUGCAGAUGAGGAUGACGGAGGCGAGGAUUAAGCUGACUACCAUGAAGCUGGCUGAGGCUGCCAGGACGGCUUGGAGACCGUCGGAUCCACCCGAGCUCUCAGCACAACCCAAAACCCUAGCCGUCACCGCCGCGCCCCAAUCUGAGCCCUCCUCUUGCACAACUGCAAGCCGCAGCUCUCCGACGCCCAUCGCAGUCACCACCUUUGGCAAAGGCUGCAAGACCAGCACCACCUCCAAAUUUGGCUCCCUCGCACGCAUCGGCUUCUUUGUCGUCGCCAUUGACGCAGACAUCGGCCUCCGCAACUUCGACCUUCUCCUCAGCCUCAAGAACCGCGUCAAAUACACCAUCUUCGAGGUCCUCAAUGGCGAUGAGCCAAGGCUUGGAGAAGAAGUUGGAUCAGGAGGAUUGGGGCAUUUCUUCUUCGAUUUCCCCAAUUGCUUGAUGAGUAAAUAG